AUUUUGCAUGAAGGUCAAUUUCCCGCUCUUUUACCUACUCAUUUUGUGAAAUUGAAAUUGCCUGUUUACAUCUACCCCAAAUGCUGUUUUCUGACCAAUUAUUAAUUCUUUUAAAAUAAUGUGAAUCUCAAUUUCUCUAGCAAAUGCAUAAAUAUAAUCCUAAAAGAUGUAGGAAAGAACUGGUAUUGCUACAUUUCGAUUAUUUUACACAGUUUUUAAUUUCCAGGUGGAAAUCCAAAUGACCAAAAUAAUCGAAAUAUCAACAUUUUCGGGAAAAAUGAUUUUUAUUUUUAAAGUAUUAGGAUUUUAUUGACCAAUUCAUCUGUGGACAUACAUCCCCAUGGUAUCUGUGAAUGCUUAUGGGUUUUAUCCUCUGCAGUCUUAAAAUUAAUGAAAAAAAUCACAGUGUUUACAACUACCCCUGUUUACUACUGCCCCAGUUCCCCCUAAUACAAAGGGAAUGUAGAGGCUGUCAAGGAUUACCAGAACAAUGAAAAAACGAAUUUUGCAAAAAAAACGACUUAUUUGACUUAUAUUCUGACAAGUCGAUUUGUAAACAUCAUGUUUGCGAAACUGCCUAUCUAUCUAGAUUUCAUUCAUUCUCAAAGAAAUACCAAAAGAUAACAAAACAAAAGUAAUUGUACGUAGGCCAUAACUUUUUAUGGAAAUUCCAUACAACGAAAUUAUAGCAACGAACGGCGUCAUGUCAGAACUCUGAUUUAUUCAAGCAAUCUAUUAAAAACAAAAAAGUCUUAUCUUGCUCAUAAAACCAUGACUUUUGUUUAUGUUUUCCUAUACAUAUAUACUAUGAGGGAAGAUUAGCCAGUUCCCUAGAGAUUUCCUCUCAGUCAUUUGCUAAUAUUCAACCAGAAAGAUGGAUUCAAUAAAGUUCUUUAUAUGUUUCUUAUUUCUCACAAAUAUUCUUUUUCGGGAAGUUUUGUGUAAUUCUUGCGUAGAAAACAAUGAAUUUAGUGUCACUUGCUAUGCACUUGAUGACUUCCUAAGUUACCCUCAUCCUGGACAGUGGAAAAUCGUCCAUGUUACACAUCCUGAGACAUUGCAGGGAAAGUCCAGCCAAAUUGAUAUGUUUAUGUGCACAGGGCCAGUUUUUGAGAAGUACAAGGCAGUUAAAUAUUUGGAUUUGUCUAAAUUUCGGGUCAUAACAAUUAAUCCAAAUUGCUUUAGGGGUAUGAAUGCCUUGGAAACAGUGAAUCUUAGUAAAAAUAAUCUCACAACGAUUGAUAUGAACGUAUUCCGAACAUCCGACGAAAUGAAUAUUCGGAAGAUUAAUCUAGAUAACAAUGGAAUCUUAAAUAUUAACUUAAGUACAGUAAUUUUGCCGGAACUGGAAACUCUGCAAAUGGUCAACAAUAGUCUCACAUCGUUUUAUCUCAAAACAGAAAAUUUGCCUAAGAUUGAAAUAUUAGAUCUUGAGGGAAAUGACAUUUGGAGAUUUGGCAUUGAGAGUAAGACAAUGACCAGUUUAGAUCUAUCCCAUAAUUGUAUCAAAACAUUCGGUAAAGCUCAAAUGAUGCUACCCAACUUGAGGCACCUGCGACUAAACGGAAACUACUUAACUGAAGUAAAUAAUGAUAUGUUUGGAAAUAUUCCCAAACUUCAGUAUGUUUAUUUGGCUCACAACCUGCUACACACUGUAUUCAUUCCACAUUUGAGACUAGCAUACCUAGACCUUAACUACAAUCAGAUAAAGACAAUGGAAAAUAUUACGACUAGUUUGAUAAAUCAUUCAUCAAUUCACAUGAAUUUCAACAAAGUUUUUGAAAUGAUUUUCCCAAAUCAAUUGGGAGGCUUGACGGAACUAGUUUGUAAUUUUUGCAAUAUUCACUUAAUUGGCCCCUACUUCCUAUACGACAUAUCACCAGCGAUGGAAAGCGUAAGCUUAAGAAGUAAUUUACUAACAUCAGCCAAAUUGUUUGAAUCUCGCCAGGAUGAUCUAAAUCUCAUAUCAAUUGAUUUAUCGUAUAAUCAAAUAAAAAAGAUCGAAGCAAUGACAUUCAGUAAGCUCAGUAAGACCAUCAACUUGUACAUUAGCAAUAACGAAAUUGAAACAAUAGCUCCUGAAGCAUUCAAUUACAUGACAAAACUCCACACGCUAGAUUUAAGCAAUAACUACAUCUACGAAGUUCCACCGACUGCUUUCGACCGAGCUCUUAUCGUUUUGCUUCUUUUGAACGGAAACAACAUGGCCUACUUCCCAAUACCAGGUUGGGAUACUGACACUAACGAGAUCUAUGAUGAUGGCAGCGCUUUUAGUCAACUCCAAACGCUUAAUGUCGAGAACAAUCCUUUCCAAUGUGAUUGCUUAGAAAUAAUGCACACUUGGGCUCAAAAACGUACGUUCGAUUUCAAAGUUUAUGAAGAAAAAGUUAAAGCAGGAGAGAAACCAGCUUGUAUUGUUAAUAAUCUGGGAUGCAGGAAAGAUGUUGGUAAGGAUUUCAUCAAACAGUACUGGCAUCUCUUCAAUGAUAAUAAACUGCGAAGCAUAUUGACAUUGGAAUAAAAUGGCUGUAAUGGCGUGUGUCCCAAUUAUUUACUUUGUAAAGAUAACUUCUCAUAUUGCAAUGAUAGUAAAAUCCGAUCAACAUAUAUUUACAU